UCUGUAUGGCCCACACAAUCAGGUAAAGAUAUGAGGGAAUCAAUUUCCCAAUGAUUGGCAACGGUAAGAGGAAAUUCGGGCCUAGUCAUCAUUCUUCAUCUUCUAAUUGGGCUGACUUUGGGCCUUUCAUUUCAACAUAAUAAUACCACCAAAAUGAUCAGUCUUGACUCUUCAAUCUCUCCUUCAACCAAUAACUCAUAUUGGCUAUCAAAUUCUGGCCAGUUUGCAUUUGGUUUCUACAAUCAAGACAAUGGUUUUGCCAUUGGAAUCUGGUUUAACAACAUAAAGGAGAAGAUAGUCAUAUGGACAGCAAACUGGGAUCAACAGCAGCCACUCCCACAGAGCAAAACACUUGCUUUGAUUGAUUUUGCCAACUCUGUUUCCCCUGAUCAGCCUGCUGCCUCAGCUUCAAUGCUCGAUUCGGGUAAUUUUGUUCUAUACAACUCAGAAUCUCAAAUCAUAUGGCAGAGAUUUGAUCAUCCAACAUAUACCCUUUUGCCAGGACAGAGUUUAGAGAGUGGAAAAGAUCUCAUCUCAGCCAUGUCUAAAUCAAAUCACUCACCCGGAAGAUUUCAUCUUGUCAUGCAACUUGAUGGUAAUCUGGUCCAGUACCCGAGAAUGAGCAAUGUAAAAGCCUACCAUGCUUACUGGAACUCACAAACUUAUGGGAAAGGAUCACAAAAUGUAACUCUGAACUUUGAUGCUAACGGUAACCUAUAUAUGUACAACACUACUAGCUCAAGUAAUAUAAAGACAUUUCAUUCUGUAGGUUGGGGACACAAGAGUGGGAAUGUUACUUAUCGUCUGACAAUUGAUGCAGAUGGAAUACUAAGGUUGUAUUCUCACAGUAUUGUUCAGGUCAAUAGCAGCUGGAAUAUCGAAUGGAAUUCGAGUAAUAAUAGGUGUGAUCCUACUGGAGUGUGUGGCAUGAAUGCAUAUUGUGUUCUUGAUCAAAAUCAACAACCCAAUUGUACAUGUCUUCCUGGUCACGAUUUCAUUCAUCAACAACAGAGAAGUUUGGGAUGUGAAAGGAGUAGCAGCAUAAAUUAUUGCACAGCUGAUAAUCGAGAUAAAGUUUCACUUGAAGAAUUUUAUGAAGUUUUGUGGGAAAACAACUCCUACUCUAUUGUGUCAAAGAACAACAGGAUUGCUUGUGAACAAGAUUGCUUGAAAGAUUGUCAAUGCGAAAUUGCUGUGUAUACAUCCAACACGUGCAACAAACUAAGGUUGCCACUGAGAUAUGCCAAACCGGAUCAGGGAAAUAGCGAUGUAGUGACCAUGGUCAAAGUGCUCAAUCAAAGUUCUGAGGCAACCACAACAGGGGUGACGAAAGGAAGAAGUGAACGAGUUCGAAUUGGAAUUUUUAUCAGCAGCAUUGUGUUUUCAUGUUUUGGCCUUAUGGCCUUGGCAAUUUCAAUUGCGCUUAUAUUCAAGUUUCGAAUGUGGGAAUACAGAAGGAUUGCAGAUCAGUGGCACCAUGAUUUUCUUGAGGAUGUUGCCAUUUGUCCAUACACAUUUGGUGAGCUAGAAAAGGCAACAGAAGGUUUCAAACAUCAAGUGGGAAAAGGAGCUUAUGGAGCAGUUUUCAAAGGUGUCAUACCAACAAACAGUUUCAGGAGAGUUGUGGCUAUAAAGAGACUAGAGAAAAUGGUUGCAGAUAACGAAAGAGAAUUCAGGAAUGAGAUGAAAGUAAUUGGAAAAACUCAUCAUAAGAACCUUGUUAAGCUUCUUGGUUACUGUUAUGAAGGAGCUAACAGGCUUUUGGUUUAUGAGUUCAUGAAAAACGGUUCUUUAGCAGAUUUCUUGUUCCAACCCGGAACCAAGCCAACAUGGGAAGAAAGAGCUGAAAUAGCUUUGAACAUAGCUAGAGGAAUGGCCUAUCUACAUGAAGAGUGUGAAACACAGAUAAUCUACUGUGACAUCAAACCCGAAAACAUUCUUAUGGAUGAACAAGCAUGCGCGAAAAUAGCUGAUUUCGGUCUCUCAAAGCUUCUGAUGCCUGAUCAAACCAGAACAUACACUGGUUUGAGAGGAACAAGAGGGUAUUGGGCACCAGAGUGGCAUAGGAACAUGCCAAUAACAGUGAAAGUAGAUGUUUACAGCUAUGGAAUUAUGUUGUUGGAGAUUGUGUGCUGUAGAAGGAGUGUGGAUAUGGAUGUUCCUGAGAAUGAAGUUGUUCUUGCUAAUUGGGUUUAUGACUGUUUUGUGGAUGGUGAAAUGGGAAAACUAGUUCAUGAAGAAGAUGUGGAGAGUAAUGAGCUGAAGAAGAUGAUUAAGUUGGGACUUUGGUGUAUUCAAGAUGAACCAUCUUUGAGACCUUCAAUGAAGAAAGUUUGUAUGAUGUUGGAAGGGAUUGUUGACAUUCCAACACCUCCAAUUCCUUCUUCCUCUAUUAGUGUAGUUAGUAUUGUUUGAUAAAUUGUAAUGGAUACAAAUUUUGUAUAGAAACCAAAUUAGUGUUCCUCUCAAAUCUCAACAAUAGACUUAUCACUUUCUUGUUAGAACAGUCUUAGCCCCAUAUCUCUAGCUACCUCAACACAGAGUUUGCCUUUAUAAAAGUUCUUUGAGCCACCUACUAAGUGUUGAUUGAUAUACAAUGACUGAGAAAGUCCUGUUGAAACAGUUACAACUUGAGACUUGAAGUUAAAUUAUAUAUAUAUAUAGGAUGUCUAGGGACAUUGAUUUUGUCCCUACGAUAGUGAUGUUUUUAAAGCCAUAAAUAUUUGAUCUAAUGAUGACAAAUGAAUAUGUGUAUAAUAAUAGUUCACAUUUGGGUGCAUUAGAUUAUUUUUUAUUUUUUAAUAAUAUUUUUAAAAUUCAUAUACUUUUACAAAUCAAUUAAAUAAUAUUUAAAAUUUCAAAAAAAAAAAUGGUAUUAAGGUGGAUAAAGCCAAGGUAUCGACAAUUGAAAACUUACCUCCUCUAGUGUGAGUUAAGGGAGUUCGAAGUUUCUUGGGGGAUGUUGGAUUCUAUAGAAAAUUUAUCAAAGAUUUCUCCAAAAUUUCUAAAUCCUUAUCUAAUUUACUUGCUAAGAGCACUCACAACAGUUUCUUUACUCUAUUCUUCAAAAUACAUCAUUAAAACUCUACUUUCUUUAUUUUACAUCAAACUUUUA